CCGGCCGCUGCAGGCGGGGAGAAGUGUCUCGGAACCGGCCUCUCCGCUGCUUUUAGCAAUGUUCAGAAACAGAAAUAUAAAUUGGAUUUUCUGACGGGUUUUUAGCGGGAAGAUGCUGGCAGACAUGAUUGUCGAAGAGGAAUUUGAGAUCAAGGAGGAGGAACCGUGGUACGACAAGCAGGACCUUGAACAUGACCUGCAGCUGGCGGCCGAGCUGGGGAAGUCUCUCCUGGAGAGGAACCGGGAGCUGGAGCAGGGCCUGCAGCAGAUGUACUCCACCAACCAGGAGCAGCUGCAGGAGAUCGAGUACCUGACGAAACAGGUCGACCUCCUCCGGCAGGUCAACGACCAGCACGCUAAAGUUUACGAGCAGCUUGACGUUUCUGCCAGAGAGCUGGAGCAGAGCAACCAGAAACUGGUUCUGGACAACCGGACGGCCCAGUUGAAGAUCCACGGGCUGAUGGAGACGGUGGAGCUGCUGCAGACGCAGGUGGAAGAGCUGCAGCAUCAGGUGGAGGAGCUGAAGCUAACUUCGCGUCAGUCUCCAUGCGGAGAAAGAUGGCUGCCUCGCAGCACCCAGAGCGUGUGCUGCCUGCAAGAGCUGCAAAACUCACACAGGUCUGAAGUUGAUCCUGGUGAAGUUUUGGAUGACCUCGAAGUGUCAGUGGCGUCAUGGCGUGAGGAGGCGCAGGCGACACUGCAGCAGUCCCUGCGCGCCCUCCAGACUCAGUUUGCCACUGAACGGGUGCGACGUGAGGAGGCGGAGACGGAGGCGGAGCUGCUCGCCAGAGAAAACGCAGCUCUGGAGCAACAGCUGGCAAGGAUGGAGGGAUGUCAGGCCAGAGUGUCUGACCUGGAACAGGAGGCCGAGGAGCUUCGUCAACUCUGGAAAUCACAAUCUUCACGGUCACCCAGGUCAGAGGUCAUUCAUGGCCUGCUGUUACUCAACCCAGAGGAGGAGAACGAAGGAGUGCCGGCUGCGGUCAAAGGUCCAGCCGUCUUGAAGCGCUGGGCCAGCGAGCGUCAGAUGAAGGCCACUCAGGCGCCCGACUCUCCCAGCAGGAUCUACGACCAUGAGUGCUCCUGCGUGCGUCGACCCGAGGUGGUGAAGUAUCGCGGUAUCUCGCUGCUCAACGAGGUCGAUGCCCAGUACAGUGCCUUGCAGGUGAAGUACGACGAGCUGCUGCGACGUUGCGGGCAUCAGGAGGAGCUGCAGGAGUCAGAGCUCAGCGAAUCUUCUCCUGCUCCAGCGGAGGCGGACGACAGCGAGGAUGACUUUCACCAACCGGAGUACAAGGAGCUUUUUAGGGAAAUAUUUUCCCGCAUUCAGAAAACCAAAGAAGACCUGAUUGAACACAGAGGAGGGGCCUCAGUUGAUGAAGCGCUACCAACUUCGAAUUAGUUUCCUCUGCAAAAAGUUUCCAUAUUGUCUUCCCAGCACAGGAAACGGUCUUGGUAAUGACUUUUAUUUCCAACCAAAGCAGGUUUAGAGAUAAAGAUAAUUGAGAAAGAAUAGGACUCAAUAAAACCAGCUCGUUUAAAAAAAGUGGCUCCUUUUGCACAGAAACACCAGUGCCUAAACAUCCGUCUCCACUGUACUCUGCCUCACAUGUGGGAACCGUUAUGGGAAACAAUCCUUAUCCCUAAAAGUGAGAUCCAACAGUCAAGCUUUUCCUGACUCAAACCUGCUGAUUCUGACUUUUUUUCACAUAUAAAAGAGAAAAAAUGUGCUGGAAGUUCUUUGAUAGAUGUAGUAGGUUUUAAAGUAAAUGAAGAAAUUACAAUAUUAGCCUAACUUAUGCCUCAAAGCAUAAGUUUUAAAUAUUUAUUACUUUGAUUAAGCACCAAAAAAUGCAUCAAAAUGCAUGCAGUUGGUUGAUGUCUUCAUUAACUAAAAGAGUGGGCAUUCUUAAUCUUUAAUGCAUUAAAUGAAUAGGAAAAAAUAUGAUUUUUUUCUUGCAUCAUAUCAGAGGUGACAGUAACCUGUAAGUUAAAGUCUAGAAAUUAUCUUGGAAGUUUUUGAAAAGUAACCUCUAAGUUUUGGUGAGCAAGUCUUGUGAAGUAAUUUAAACUUUAUUUCAUACCAAGUUUUAUGAACUGAAAAAAAGAAAAAUCAAGAAAUUCUGAAAAGUUUGAAAUUUUAGAAUGUAAAAUUUGCAGAAAUCCCAAAGGUUUCUGCCUAGGUCAUUGAAAAUAUCAGAAGAGCUGCAGCAGAUCUACUUUUAAAAAGUUGCUCGCAAAAGUAUUCAUCCUAAGUUCUUGACAAGAAGUAAAGGGAAUUCAAUUAAAAAAACUGUAAAUGUUUUGUGUGACUAAUUUAUUUUGCGACUGUGAAAGAGCACAUUGUUUGCUUGUAGUUUGCCUGCUGCCUUUAAGACUUACUAAUGUAACUAUAGACAGUUCUAGUGUUAUUAUAGGAUUUCUGUAAUAAUACUGAGAUUAUACUUGAAUUGUGUAGUAGCUUAACUGAAUGCAUAACGGUAGACAAAAUGACCAUAAUAAUGACUGUAUUUGUAACGUAAAAGCUUCAUGAAGGAAUGUGUGUAGAUGCACUUCUUGCAGGAUUUGUGUUCUUGUUAAGCUGAAAGAUGGUGCAUCAUAAAGCAAAUGCACUUUAGAAAUGAGUUGUUAUUGUGCACUAUGUAUGAUGUAUGUGAUGUUAUUCCUAUGAGCCAUAAACUAUAA